GCCCGUAAACGGCGAGGUAAACCGGCGCCUCCUCAUCCGCCAUUCCGUCGAGCAACUCAGACGCGCCGCCGUUUGCUAUGCUUCUCCGACCUCGCCCCUUCCUCCUGCAGGUCCUCACGCCCCUUCCCUUCUCCCGCGCCCCCCUCGCCGUCCGCCGCACGCUCUCAGCGCCCGCUGCUGCGGCAGCCGGGGCCGCCCCCCGUGGCGAUGCGCCCGCGCCGGCGCGAACCCGCCACAAGAAUUCCCGGAAGGCCGAGCCGCCUAGGGUGCCCGCGAAUACGGCGCUGUUCUUCCCGCCGGGGGUUGAGCGGGACGCGGACGUGACGGCGGAGAUGGUGAUUCCGGGGUCGAACAUCGUGGUGGGGCCGUACGCCGGGGACGCGAGGGUAAAGGAGGCCGAGUUCAUCGGGUGCAGCGCGCACGCGCGGGACUGCCCCAAGGACGACCGCCCCGAGUUUGCCGUCCUCGGCCGCUCCAACGUUGGCAAGUCCUCCCUCAUCAAUUCACUCACCCGCCGCAAGGAAGCCGCACUCACCUCCAAGAAACCUGGGAAGACCCAGACAAUUAAUCACCAUUUGAUAAACAAGAGUUGGUACCUUGUGGAUUUGCCUGGUUACGGGUUUGCAGCUGCGUCCAAGACAGCUCGAAUGGAUUGGUCUUCGUUUACAAAGGGGUAUUUCUUGAACAGGGACAGUUUGGUCGGUGUACUGCUCCUGGUUGAUGCUAGUGUUCCAACUCAACAAAUUGACCUUGACUGUGCAAACUGGCUUGGUCGUAACAAUGUAGGGCUAACCUUUGUGUUCACCAAGUGCGACAAAGUAAAGAAAGGCAAAGGGGGUCGGCCUGAUGAGAACAUCAAAGAGUUCCUGGAAAACAUCGGUUCGCUCUAUCCAAGGCCUCCUCCAUGGAUCAUGACGAGCAGCACCACAGGACUAGGCCGGGAGGGGCUGCUCCUCCAUAUGUCGCAGCUGAGGAACUACUGGGACAAUGAGGCAACCUAGGUCAGGGUUUCUGAUCCUCGAAAAAAAAGGUUCAGGGUUUCUUCAGGCUUGAGAUAGCUGCAGCUAGGAGCAGCAGUAUACUUACAGAAGAGCAGCACAGACAGAUACAUCCUGCCUGACGAACUUCAGUUUCUGCUUUCUAGACCUCGGGGUCGGGUCGUGCUUUGCAUGGACUUGUGGUUCAGUUUUAUUGAUUGGCCUCUUGAUGUAUAGCGGAAGAUGAUUCACGAUACGCAGACUUGAUACAGUAACACUGCACCCCUUUAGGUCCAUGUUUUGUUGAGUAAUAUUUGGCUCACCUGCGGAAGUAAAGUCUCGUCCACUUGUUA